CUCUCUCUUUUUUUUUCCCUCUCAUCUUUUGUAAAAUACUUUUCCCCUCUUUCCUUUCUUUUACAUACAUAAAAUGGCAGUUAUUCAGAGAGACGUUUAUAAUCCUCUUCUUUUUGAAAUCGCCUGGGAAGUCGCUAACAAAGUUGGUGGUAUUUAUACCGUGAUUAAGACCAAGGUGCCUGUUACUGUUCGUGAAUAUGGGGAUAGAUAUACUUUAAUUGGUCCCUUGUCUUAUAAAUCUGCCCCUAUGGAGGUUGAAGCUUGUGAGCCUUCUAAUGAAAAGGUGAAAGAAGUUCUAGAUUCUAUGUCUCGUUAUGGUGUCAAGUACCUUUAUGGUCGUUGGUUAGUCGAAGGUUCUCCUUAUGUUCUCUUAUUUGAUACCCUUAGCGUGUUUGAUAAAUUGAAUGAAUGGAAGGGUGAUCUUUGGCGUUCCGCCGGUAUUCCAUCUCCACCAAAUGAUACUGAAACAAAUGAUGCUAUUCUUUUUGGUUAUUUGAUCACUUGGUUUAUUGGUGAAUUAGCACCUAAGUACAAUAAAGCUGGAGACCCAGCUAUUAUCUGCCACUUCCAUGAAUGGCUAGCUGGUGUAGCUGUUCCUUUAAUCAAGAAGCGUCAUCUUGACGUUUGUACCAUCUUUACAACUCAUGCUACCCUUUUAGGUCGUUAUUUGUGUGCUGGCUCUGUUGACUUUUAUAAUAAUCUUUCUAACUUUGAUGUUGAUGAAGAGGCUGGUAAGCGUGGUAUCUAUCAUCGUUACUGUAUUGAACGUGCUGCUGCUCAUUGUUCUGAUGUCUUUACUACUGUCUCACACAUUACUGCUUAUGAGUCAGAGCACUUGUUAAAGAGAAAACCUGAUGGCGUCUUACCUAAUGGGUUAAAUGUCGUUAAGUUUUCUGCUAUGCACGAAUUCCAAAAUCUUCAUGCGUUAGCUAAAGAAAAGAUUAAUGAUUUUGUUCGUGGUCACUUUUACGGUCAUUAUGAUUUUGAUCUUGAUAAUACCAUUUAUAUAUUCACUGCUGGUCGUUAUGAAUAUCGUAAUAAGGGUGUCGAUAUGUUUGUAGAAUCUCUUGGUCGUUUGAAUGCCCGUUUGAAAUCCUCUGGUUCCAAGAUGACCGUUGUUGCUUUCAUCAUCAUGCCUACUGCCACCCAUUCUUUCAACGUAGAGGCCUUAAAGGGACAAGCGGUAACACGUCAAUUACGUACAACAGUGAGUGAAAUUCAAGAUCGUGUUGGUAAAGCUAUUUAUGAAAAUGCCCUACGUCUUGAAGAUAUCAACCCUGCUAGCUUCCUUUCUGAUGCAGACAAGGUUCUCUUGAAACGUCGUGUCUUUGCACUCAAGCGUACUACCCUUCCUCCUAUCGUGACUCAUAAUAUAGUAGAUGAUGGUAAUGAUCCUGUCUUGAAUCAAUUACGUCGUCUUAAUCUCUUUAAUAACUCGGAUGAUCGCGUCAAGGUCGUCUUCCAUCCUGAAUUCUUGAACGCCAACAAUCCUUUGCUCGGUAUGGAUUAUGAAGAAUUUGUUCGUGGUUGUCAUCUGGGUGUCUUCCCUUCCUACUAUGAACCUUGGGGUUAUACACCUGCCGAAUGUACCGUCAUGGGUGUUCCUUCUAUUACUACCAAUCUUUCUGGCUUUGGUUGCUUUAUGGAAGAGAAUAUCGAGAAUUGUGACGACUAUGGUAUCUAUAUUACUGAUCGUCGUAUGAAAUCAGUCGAGGACUCAUUACAACAAUUAUGUGAUCAAAUGUAUCAAUUUGCACAAAAGACACGUCGUCAACGUAUUAAUCAACGUAACCGUACAGAAAGACUUUCAGAUCUUUUAGAUUGGAAGCGCAUGGGUCUUGAAUAUAUCAAAGCACGCCAAUUGGCUCUCCGUCGUGCAUAUCCCGACAGCUUCAUUGAUGACGAUGAUGAAGAACUCUUGGGCGAUACACCCGUCAAGAUUCCAAAGCCAUUAUCUGCACCAGCUUCACCUCGUAUUCGAAUGGAAGUGAAUAACAUGUUUAAUGAUGAUGAAGAGGAAGAAGACUUUUUGUUCCCCGCUCUUCGUAAAAAGAAUCAAGUUCAAACCAGAGAACAAGAACUUUUAAGUGAAGGAGACAUUGAAGCUUUUAAUAAGUUGACUCUAGAAAAGAAGGAAGAAAACCAUUAA